AUGGCUACCGACGACCCAGAACUUGAGAAUCCCCCGCCGGGAGUAGUGGAGAGACCACGCGCCGUAUUGAUCGAAGAUGAUCUUUCGCGAAAGGUCUCUGCCCUCAUCAUCGCUGAUGACUCACUCUACAGCGAUCCGUCAAUUGAAGGCGAAUCGUCAAUCCCGCAUGUGGAAAGCCAGGCGCAGGCACUCAAACAUCUUUCCCAGAAUCGAUUUGAAUGCUGUACCUGCACGGAACGAUAUCGAUGGGACAAGAUAACCCAGCUUGCCUGCGGGGAUUACUAUUGUACGCCAUGUCUCCGCCGUGUGAUCCUCCGCGCUGUCACCGAAAGGGACCUGACCUAUCUGCCACCGCGAUGCUGCCGCACCUCAAUCCCCAGAGAGAUUAUCGAGACGCUACUGUCUGCAGAGGAGAAGUCCGAGUUUCGACUCGCCGAGCUGGAGAAGGAUACGGUCGACAAGACUUACUGCAGUGGGUCACAGUGCGGCAAGUUUAUCCCGCCAAGCGACAUCUACGCUGGGGAGGCCAAGUGCUAUGCUUGCGGCGCGACCACCUGCAGUCUCUGCAAGAAUUCCUCCCACCAAUCCGACUGUCCCAAGGAUCAAGCGCUGCAAGCGACGUUGGAGCUCGCAGUCGCUCAGCACUGGCAGCGAUGUUACUCCUGUAAAGCUUUGGUUGAGAUCAAGCAUGGUUGCAAUCAUAUAACCUGCCGCUGUGGUGCAGAGUUCUGCUACCUCUGCGGAGCUUCUUGGCGAACCUGCCGCUGCCAGCUCUUCACGGAGGCCAAUCUUCUUCGCAGAGCGGCACAAGUGGUCGAUAGGGUAGCGCCAGCCGCUCUUCAUGCACAGGAGCGUCAGCGUCAAAUUGCGCGGAUGCAGCACAACCUACGCACCGCAGAGGAAUGCGACCAUAGCGGUGGCUACCGGAACUUCGAGCAAAUCGAAGGAGACCGAGAGCAACCCUUCCGAUGCGAUAUGUGCGAUGCUCAGCACUGGCUCUUCAUUCUUCGAUGCAGGCGUUGUCACAUAGAUAUUUGUGUCAGAUGCCGCCAUAAUCGCAUUUGA